AUGACAAUGUGGACGUUCCUGCUUGUUCUGUUUGGAGCUUCUGUCUCAACUGCAAAGUUUUACAGAUCCCUGGCUGAUAUUCCUCUCCCAUUGGACAUGGCUCCGAACUCUGUCGAUGACAUGUACGAAGGCUGCGCAAACAACAUGGCGACCAAAGUAAAGACCAAGUUCUUGGUCAGUGAGAAAAAGAUGAGCAAAAAUUUUAGCCUGGCUUGGGACGAAGCGGAGAAACAGUAUAAUAAGAAAUGGAAGCCCAAACCUGGGAAGAAAACAUCCCGAGCCCUGGAGAAAGAACAGAACAUGGCCGUCUAUGCUUACACUCUGGACAAACCAGAGAUAUUCACUGAAUUCAACAGUGCGGUGCGAACGCAGAGGGCUCAGUACAUGGGCAUGUUUCAGUAUCACUCACUGCACUUCUUCCUGACGGGCGCUCUCAGAGCUCUCAACGCUCGUAAGCCAAAGACAGAAAGAUGCCUUACUGGUUACCGGAGGGUCAACAGAAAAUUCAAGCUGAGUGUUCUCGGCAAAGAAAUCCGUUUUGGCGCUUUCACCUCCAGCUCGAUGGGGAAGUAUCCCCGCAAAGAAAAAUUUGGCUAUGAGACCUGUUUUGAGAUUUACACCUGCUUAGGAGCAGACGUCUCACUGUACUCCAAGUUUGGAGAAUCAGAAGCAGAAGUCCUGGUUCCUCCGUAUGAAAUCUUUAAAGUUACAGGCAUAAAGCAGAGAGCUGAGGAGAAGGACCUUCCAUGUAAAGUUGUGUUGAAACUGAAGAGCACAGAAAAGACUCUGUCCAACCUAAACUGUGCGUUUUUCACGGAUAAUUGA